AUGGCCUACAUCGAGCCACGCCUCAUCCACCUGCUGAACGAUUCCACCACGCCGCAGCUCGCUCACGCUGAUCUCCCGCCCAUUCGCCUGGCCUUCUCCCGUCCCUCCGAGCGACCCUUUCCUCUCGAGCCUGACACGAGCCAUCGCGAAGAUCAGUCCAACGCCCCGUCUCUCGCCACCAGUCACGGAGCUGUCGACGACGGCUUUCUGGGACGGGAGCAGAGGAAGGAAGAUGAGUUCAUGCUCGAUCGGGGCGCAUUCAACGGCACUGCGCACUUGCAGCUAAGACUGCUCCUCAGCGAAGAUCGAGACACGGCAGACUCCUCCUUCUCUAUAAGCAAAAUUCUCGAUGAGGUGCCCGACAGCAAGGACGACACGGCCACCAAGAAGAGACACCGCACUAUCACAAACAAGGACGACUUUGUACAACUUCCACAGCCGGUCAAGAAGCAGAAGCCCAUCCAGCCCCAAGUCAUGCCGGCCAUGCCGCCCAUCAUCAACGGCUUGCACGAACCGCCUCCCGACGCUGCUCUCUUCCCACCCAUUGCCUCCAACGACUUCAACGAACCUGAGAGCAAUCAGCUGAAGCCCAUGCGGGAGUUCGCGCCUGUGCCGGAAGACAAGGAGACGGAGAAACCCACCGAGACCGAGCCGGCGCCAAGCAAGAAUGCGAAAGCCAACAACAGCAAAACCAGGAAAAAGGCCAUGAAGCCGAGGAGGAAAUGGUCCGAAGCCGAGACGAAUCACUUGCUUCUGGGAGUCAAUCGCCAUGGCGUUGGCAAGUGGACUGACAUCCUCGCGGAUCCCGAUUUCAAUUUCAACGACCGCACCGCUGGUGAUCUCAAGGACCGCUUCCGCACCUGUUGUCCAAACGAGCUGCGUAGGAGCAACAGCGACCCCAAGCUUGCGUCUCUUGCCGUGCCGCCGACAACUCCGAUGGAACCGAAGGCCAAGGCUAAGGCGAAGACCGGGCUCUUGUCCGAAAACAUACUCAUUGCACAGGAAGAACCCGCCUUGGGGGACCAGUUGCAGAUCCCACAAGCCGACUCUGACGCGUUCCCCAAAAUGAAAAAGAGCAGGGCGCACAGGAAGAAGCUGGAAGACUUGGCCGAGCUAGGCAUUCAUGGGCCAUUUAAGAAGUCUCAUAGGCGCGAAAGGCGACCAUUCACAGACCAAGAUGAUAAACAGAUACUAGAAGGCCUGGACAAAUACGGGCCUGCUUGGACCAAGAUCCAGAGAGAUCAGCGCUUCAGCCUCUCAGGGCGGCAACCCACGGAUCUCAGGGACAGAGUGCGGAACAAGUACCCUAGUGUGUAUGCCAAGAUUGAAAAGGGUCUGUUCCAACCCCAAGAUGGCAGAGGGGGCGACACGCUUGAGCCUACGGUCAGCAUGAGCAUCACCAACAACUUACAGCCGAACCGGCCUCCCCCAAUGGAGGCGACAUUAAACCGAGUCAACUCUAAGGAGGACUUGCCCAGGUGGCCACUGUCCGUCCUCGACAACGGAGAACUGCCUGUUGUUCCGCAGGUCUUUGACUUUGGCGAAACCACAACAGUCGCGUUCAUGGGCAGCGCGGGUGAGAUGGACAUUUCCCGCUUGUUGCUGGACGACUCGCAGGUUGGCAACUCGGCACGGUAUGCGCCUGAUCAGACGUCAGACUCGACGUCACCCUGA